AUGAGGAAGGCACUCAACCUUCCCGGGAUUCAACCAGGCUGGACUGCGUCUACAGAUUCGCAGAUCUUAACUGUAAACGCUGGCGCGCACAACCACGUCGACGGCUACUUCAAUGAGAUUCACAUCACCUUGUCAUUGGGGACCAAAGUUGGUGGAAUGUCCAUGUUCAAGAAGGCAUUCGAGAACGACGCACAAGACGCAGACGAAGCGGAGAAGCUCCCUGAUGACAAAUGGAUACACAUGCCUCAGCCGCCGCUAUACGAACAUGGCUCCAUCUGGCACCGAGAUCCAUCUGGGAACGCCCGUCGCGGAAGGAAUAACGUCGUCUCGUACCCCUGGCACAAAUGGAAUGCAGGCAGCGGCGAAAACAUUGGCGUGUGGCUGGCGCUAAAGUUCAACCCCGACUUGGCUUUGUGA